GCCUCUCUUGGACUGCCGCUACGGGCGCGGAGGGCGCUGGGCUUUCAAUCCGAGGGUCGUGGGUUCGCGUCCCCGUUCCGGCGGCGGCGCUGCUCCCCCUUGCCGCUCCCCUUUGCCGGCAGCGGGACCGGGGCACGGCGGCCUCGGGCGGAUGGCGGGGCCAGGGCCGGAGCUGGGGCUGCUCUUCCAGCGGCGCUUCCUUGCGGCGCGGCAGCUCCGCGGCAUGCCCUGGGCGGAAUUGGAGCAGCAGCUGCGGGCCGCCCCGGAGCGCUCCCAGUCCUCCCUGCUGGCAGACAUCCUGCACCAGACCGUCCUCCACCCGCUGUGUGUGCGGUACCCCCCGUCCGCCGCCUACAGGCGCUGCUUUCUCACCGAGCUCAUUAAGAAGCACGAAUCCACGGCAGCCGACCCCCUGGAUGAGCUGUACGAUGCUUUGGCACGUAUCUUAAAUGAGGAAGAAUCCGCUCACUGCUACAAAAGCUACUUGCUGCCCUCAGGGGAACCCGUGACCCUUUCCGAGAGCGUGGCCAUUAUCUCUCAAGGAACCACAGGGCUCAUCACAUGGGAUGCUGCUCUGCAGCUCGCUGAGUGGGCAACGGAGAACCCCGCAGUCUUCACUAACAGGACAGUCUUGGAAUUAGGAAGUGGAGUCGGCUUCACUGGACUUGUGAUCUGCAAAACCUGCAAUCCCAAGACAUACAUAUUCAGUGAUUACCACCACUGUGUUCUCAAACAGCUGACAGAAAACAUCCAUUUGAAUGGCUUUACCCUGGAGCCUGAAACUACAAAUCCAGCCCAAGGGCAGGAGGCAGAAGGGAAGGAAUACCAACAACCCAAACUCGUUGUUGCAGAGCUCGACUGGGGUUCAGUUACAGAAGAGCAACUGCUGGCUCUGCAAGCAGACGUCGUCAUUGCAGCAGAUGUGAUCUAUGAUCCAGAGAUAACCUUAUCCCUUACUGGUAUGCUACAGAAGUUCUCCACUUCAAGAGCAGAUAGAAAACCUGAGGUCUAUAUUGCUUUGACAGUCCGUAACCUGGACACUUACCACAUGUUCCAGGCUGAACUUGAUAAAGCUGGGAUCAGAUGGCAGAUUAUUCCAGCCCACAGCAAUAGUAUUUUUCUCCACGAUACACAGCCCAACGUGACUAUCCUGCAACUAUUCAUAUAGAUUUGGUAAAUACAACACAGGAUUUCAGAGGAGCAGGAACUAUCUCAUCCUUGCUACAAGACUGGCCUGAAUUCUAGAAACAUACACACACCACGAAUACCCUUAUGGAUGUACCUUGUAUGCACGAGCUGUUGUCAAAAUGAGUUAUGUCUCUUCCUGCAGUUGCCAGCAUGCGUGCAAGCGAGCAGCUGCUCCUUAUAAGCAUCUGUGCACCACAAGCUGUAGAGAAAAACGCCCUAAUUGUGAUGCACUUUGAUUCUGUACAACUGAAUUAAAUUAUUUAACUGCAGUUUUGAUUUGUAAACAACGCAGACUCGCCCUGUGCUCCUGCAGGUGUGCAUCUCAGCCUGACAAGGGAGCAGAACAGUGUUUUAUAAUAAACGUUUUUAAUACUAAAACCA